AUGCGCUGUCACCAAGUGCUUCGGUUUAUCUUCUUUAUAUCAUCAUCACUCAGUAGCCCAGUGCCUUCUUAUACAUUGAAAGAAGGUCACGAUGUUCCAGACAUCUUUAAACAGCUAUUCAACACGUCCUCAAGUGGAACUCCCUUCAGCACGGGCAUAUACCAAGAGCUAUCUCGGCUCGAAGCAAAGAUAUUCGACAUCGCAACAGGCAAGAUCAAGCCCGUGUUAACAGUAGAAGAAGGCCUCUCAGUCCUUUCCUCAAUUUCACACACCAACAACCAAACGAUCCUCCAAAAGGCUAUCGACGUAGUAUCCCUCGGCCUAGUACCAACAACCAUCAUCGACAUCCUUGACGGCAUUACAAACCACGAAAUAAACUCCAUAGCCAACAACAACACCAGAAACCCAAGUCCAGGAAUCCACCCAACAAAGUCAUUCUACGACGCACAUUACGGUAUUCCUGAACCAACUCUUCGCAGCGCGAUUCAUAUACCCUCAGCCUUCUCUUACGGCAAAAACAACAAAAUCCCCAUUAUACUGGUCCCAGGAACCGCCGACCCAGCUGGUAGCACCUACCACUUCAACUACGCAAAGAUCUUCGCCGCACACCCGCACACGGACCCAGUAUGGGUCAACAUCCCGGGAAACUCAUUGGGCGACAUCCAAAGUAACGCAGAGUACGUCGCAUACGCAAUAAACUACAUUUCGGAGCUCUCGGGGCGUUCCAUCGGAGUCCUAAGCUGGUCACAGGGUAGCUUAGACGUGCAAUGGGCGCUGAAAUAUUGGCCAUCAACACGGGCCGCGGUAAGUGACUUCAUGGCUGUGAGUGGUGAUUUUCAUGGAACAGUUGUUGAGACGUUGUGCAUGCUUGCUGAGCCAGUUUGUUCGCCGGCUGUGCAGCAGCAGGGGUAUGAUACGAAAUUCAUCCGCGCUCUACGUAGUGAGGACGGGGAUUCGGCGUUCGUGCCGACGACGAGCGUGUACUCUGGAUAUGACUAUGUUGUUCAACCGCAGAGUGGGGAGUGGGCUUCUGCCGCACUGGGGGAUGUGCGUGGAAUUGGGGUGUCGAAUGUGCAGGUGCAGGUUGCUUGUGCCGGGCGUGCAGCUGGUGGGCUUUAUUCGCAUUCGGCUAUGUUGAUCAAUCCAUUGGCAUAUGCUUUGUUUGUGGAUGCGUUGAUGCAUGAUGGGCCUGGGCGGUUGGAGAGAAUUGAUCUUAAUACUGUCUGUGGGGAGUUGCUUGCGCCUGGUUUGGACGUAUAUGAUUUCUUGGGGGUAGAGGCUGUGUCGAAUGUGGUUUCAUUGCUUGAUGUUUUGUUGUAUGGGUUCAAUGGGAAUGAAGAGCCGCCACUUAGGGACUAUGUUCAUCACUAG